AACAAAAUAAGUUCUGUGUUAUUAGUGAAAGAAAACAAUGAUCAGUAUGAUGUUAAAAAACAGUGUAUAUCUGUGAAAUAAUGAAGCCAAGAAGAAAUUAAAUAACAAUCAUUGAUAAAUGAUAUUAACAUUUCCUAUAUCUAUUAUUAACUGAAUAAAUAAAACGAGCAGCCUAAAAUUCAGUCAUAUAAAAAACUGACGUGAUUUCGAAAAUUCUGGAUAAUGAAAACAACUGUUACAGCUCCCAGCAAGUGUUAAUCUUAUUUUAGAAUUCACAUUUGACCUCUUUUUCAAUUGAAACCGAACAACUUUGAUGUGUUUAGUGUUUAAAAUUCGUUGUUCACGAUGUCUAACAAUUACAGUGACAAAACUCAAGACAAGAGUAGUGAAAAGGAAAAAGAAAACUCUGUCUCCUCAAUGGAAUGGGAGUCACCUUCAUCAAGUCAAGCUAUUCCGAAAAACAAUCGUAGAGAAACUGAAUGGUCACCCAACUUUCUAACAGCAGCUUCUCCACCCAAGUUUGUAUCUCUAGAUGAGAUUAUAAAUGCUGCGAAUGGAAUAAAAAAUAUGGCAUUGGCCCAUGAAAUCGCUCUAGACAAUAACUUCAAGCUUGAAAAGUUAGAUGAUGAUGAUGAGAGCAACAGUAUUCAAAAGAAAGUUAAGAAAAUAGUUCAUGAAGCAUUUUGGAAUCUUCUUAAAGAGCAGUUAGAAGAAAAUCCUCCGAAUUUCAGCCAAAGUUUGGUGCUUUUACGAGAAAUCAAAGAAAGUUUAGAGGAAUUAGUACUCCCGCAUCAUACACAAAUUCGUGAUAAUCUACGAGAAGUGCUAGACAUCGAUUUAAUUAGCCAACAGGCAGAGAAAGGAGUUCUAGAUUUUCAUCGAUACUCUACUUAUGUAUUAAAUAUAAUGAGUAAAGUAUGUGCACCGGUGCGAGACGAAAGAAUACGUCAGCUAUCAGAAUGUACUGAUGUUCUUGAAACUUUCAAAGGAAUCAUGGAAACUUUACAAUUAAUGAAAUUGGAUUUAGCUAAUUUUACAAUUAAAAUGAUGCGACCAAAUAUAGUAGCAUCAAGCAUAGAAUACGAGAAAAAAAAAUUUGCUGAAUUUUUAAAAGUACAAGCUGAUGGUUUACAAUAUACCAGACAAUGGUUAUUAAAAUAUUUGAACGAAAAAAAAAUAUCUGAUGCGUCAAACGCAGAUGGAAUCAAGCAAGUGACUCAUUAUCUCUUAGCAGAGGCUUACCUUGAUUUAUUAAAUUGGAAUGCAAGUCCAGAAGCAGAAACCCUGAUGCUAGAUCAAGGAAGACUUAUAGAAUUAAGAAACAAAGUCAAUCGAUUAACAAUCAUAGGAUCAAUCAUUUUAAUUUGUAACAGUACAAUUGGAAUGACAGCCCAAGCAGCAGAGAAAUUGAAAAAAAAUAUUAAAAAACAUCUUGAUGUUAUUUUAGAUUCUGUACACUCGAAUAAAGAUUUAACAGAAACAAUGCCGAAUAUUGUUGUUCAAGUAAAACAGGAUGUUAACUCAAUCCUAACUGAAAUGAAUGGUAAAGAAUUGGAUAAAGAGGUUGAGAGUAUUCUGGACAGACAAAUACAGGAAUUAAUUAACGAAGAUCAUCGGAUUCGAUCACUCGUCAAUCUGAGAAUUCGACAAUUUCUCGAAAAAACAAUUUUAUCAAAGAAUGCAGCGCCAUUGCAAGUUCCCCUGGGUCUGUCAUCGCUUCAAGAAGAAUUAAUAGCUAUUGCUGCACAAUUUUGCAUUAUCGUUGCACACAAUCGAAGUGUUUUUUCAGAAUAUUAUCAUGAUAUCUUAGCAACGGAGAUUGCUAGACAAAAAUCAUUAUCAGGUUCAGUAAAAAAUGAGAAUAAUGGUACUGUAGAUGCCUAACACAUUUAUUAUUAUAGAAUAUAAAAAAUUAAUCAAUCUUAUUUUUACAUUAAAAAAUAUAUAUUUGUUAAUUAACAU